UCCUGGCCGUUGGGGGGCGUGUCCGUUCGCGUGGACGUGCAGUGUGUGGCUCUCCGUGGAGAAUGGCAGGAAUCCGGAGGGACAGGAGGACAAAAGUGUAACGAGAAGCGUUCAAACGCGCCGCCGGCAGAUGUUCCACGUCAGACUGACGAGGAUUCCGCGGGUCUGUGGCGCCUAAAGGCCCGGAUGAACGGGACGAGCUUCCUCCCUGCUCUGAAUCCCGGAGGCGUGCAGAUCGCCGUGCCCGUCGACAUGGCCGUCAGGAUCUGGCUCGCCGGUUCCCCUCCUCUGCGCUCCUACUUCCGUAACCGUGACAACCAACUGUCUUUACCGGACGCCGUGCUGCCCUGCUGCAGCCCUCUGAGACCCUGCCUGUCACCAGGAUGCUGCGAUGCCGUCGCCACGGGAACCGCUCUUUUAGGAGAGGCGGCCACGGAUGGCGGCCAGGCGGACCUGAGGAGGAGGAGGAGGAAGCAGGUGGCGUUCGCGGACUCCUGGGGUUUGGCGCUGACCACCGUUCACGUCUUUGAUGAGUCAGAGGACGACCUGCUGGCUGAGCUGCAGUUCCAGCUCACGGAGAUGAAGGACGCCGUCGCCAAACAGAGUCUGCAGGAGGUCACAGAUUCUGUAGAACCCGCCUUCAGUCUGGUUCUGGGCUUCACGCCUCCUGCUGCCAACUACCUGGAGCUCAGGAACCGCCUGAAAGCCCAGCAGGUUUGUCUGGAGACAUGUUCAGUGCACGAGCGCCUGCUGUCCGGUACCAUCCAGGUCCAAAACAUCUGCUUUGAGAAGUCUGUGUGGGUUCGGAUCACCUUCGACUCGUGGAGCUGCUUCCAGGACGUUCCGUGCCGGUACCUGAACAACGUGUACGGCUGCCCCGACACCGAUACCUUCUCCUUCUCCAUCUUGGUGCCGGAGACCUUGAAUGCUACCAGCAGAGUGGAGUUCUGCAUCCGGUACCAGACGGGCGACCAGAUCCUUUGGGAUAACAACCUCGGAAACAAUUACCGGCUGGUUCUGGUAGAACCAGGCGGGCGGAUCUCUGAGAGACGCGCCGAGCCUGAGGUCCAGAGAGAUGCGACACAGUUUGAUCCAUUUGGAAGUCCCAGAACCUCAGCAGGAUUUUUUUCUGAGUGGCUGGACUGGAACCAUGUAGAGACGGGCGCCUCCUACUGGUGAAGGUAGCACAGAACCGCAACAGAACCACAGAGAGUUCAGCAAGCACAGCCGACUCAUACUUGAAAACCCAGAUUUCUGCACGCAGACCAGCACCUUGUUCUGAUCCGGGAAUGUUUGCAUCCCUUAAUGAAUUUAUACAGAACCCUUGUGGGCUCAUGUGGUCUGGUUCUGGUCCAGAUGAUACCAGACUUUAGGAUUUAAGAGCUCUAGAACCAUCCACAGAACCUGCAAACCUUCAUAACUUUGUAAGACUUCAACACCUCCAAAGACUUCAAAGCCUUUACCGUGUUCCGGUAGAUCCAGCGGGUCUGGUCCGAGCUCAGACUCCUCACUUCUCCUCAGGACUUCAUCAUGGGGGGGGUGUCUUUGUUGGGUUUCAGAGAUGCAUCCAAGUUCAGGACGUUUGGGUUCUCCUCACAUUCAGGUUUUAGGGGGUUCAUCCAUGUAGAAGACCCAACCCGAGUCUGAACCAGUCCCUUACUCAGCCCAGAAUCCUGGUCCUGGUAGUGACCGUGGUUCUGAUUGAAACCAGCAAGUUUCUUCUCACUGAGCACUUUCUCAACUUUUCGGCGUUGAAUCCAUCCUGCUGACCUCCUUGGUGCUCCUGAGCCUUCUGGUGUUCUGGUCGGAACCAUCCUGGCGUGUUUUUAGGGUUUUAGUUUUUACGAGUCUCUCUGUGGUCAGAUCCUCACACUCUGGACGGUAGCCAAACUGGGAAUUUCUUAAAGAACGAGGUCCACAUUUAAGCAGACAGGUUCUGGUUCUGUCUGGUCCCUAUGUGGGUUUUUAGAUGGGAUUUCAGGAUUUUAAUCGGGUGCAUCGUUUACUGACGUUUGACUUGAAAGCUGCCGUUUUGGGUCCAUUAGGACUUGGUUCUGUUGGACAGAACCUUGGAGGUCCAGACUGUAGCCGAAUGCUGAGGCGACAACCCUUUGGUAUUUGAGAUUAUGGUGCCGCCCAUCAUCUGUUACCAGCCAGAUUUAGUAGUAUGAGACUUUGGGGAAGUUCUCCACUUUUUUACGCUCUGACAGAACCUGAAUGCACCACAAGACUAAUAAAAGUUCUCCCAGCCAGAACGAUGACUGUAAAAGCAACAUGAUGAUGAUGUCAUUCUGUAUUAAUGGUGUCACACUGUAACCCUGCUACGGCAGGAAGUGAUGGAAAGCCAGCACCUUGUCUGUUCCUGUUGUAUCUUUUCAGAAUAAAAGUUGAAUAAUGUGU